UCAUAAGAAACAAUGAAUUGCCUUAUAAUUAUUUUGAAUUAAUUAUUUCUUCCCGUAACAAGUUUAACAAUAAUACCUGGGUUAUAUUCGAUGAUUUCCGACAAACUAGUUUUGAAUACCCUUUUUAAAUUUCCCGUUACACCUUGAAUCUGUUUCAAGGUGGAGUUGGACGACCUUUGUAAUGUAACUUAAACACGAAGCUUAGGUCAAUUUUUUUUAUUAAGUUUGAAGCUAAAUGACACUAUUAUCAUUGCCAAUUAAGACGUGCCAUCUUAAAAACCUGUUUCGCUGACCAAUUAUGUUUACAACUGGUGUUUAGCUUUUACAUAUCCUCUUCAUAUGUAUUUCGUUGAAUAAAGUUACAAACAGGUUUAUUUAAAGAGAAUAUAGCAUCAAGCGAAUAACACCAAGCCAGUCGACCGGGUGAUUUACUAAGGACGCGUCGCAGUUCUAGACUUUACAAUGAUUAAAUAUAAAGUAUUUUUUUUUCUUACAAUUGUGCUUACGUGUAGCGGACAAUUGCGACUUCUCGGUGAUAUCCUCUCGACCACUCAUGAGAAAAUACAUUCUACAGCUCAUGAUCUAGCUGGUUCAUUACUGGGGGGACUGUCCCAUGGCAUUAAACUCAACAUAGAAGGCCAUGUUGGCGCUCAUGAACAACGACGACCCGAUCCAGGAUUCCAUCAGAAGCCUCAUCAAAAUGGAUACAAUCCAGGUCCACCAGGUUCUCAGAACGUUGAUAAAGUAAUUGUUAUUAUUAAAGAAGAAGAUAAUUAUAAUAGAAGACCUGAACAACCAAAUAGGCCUCCAUUUAAUGGCUAUCCACCAAAUAACCAGCGCCCAAAUUAUGAUAAUUCCUAUGGACAGGGGAAUUACAAUAACGGACAAUCAAAUUAUGAUAAUUCAAAUGGACAGGGGAAUUACAAUAACGGACAAUCAAAUUCUGAUAAUUCCUAUGGACAGGGGCAUUACAAUAACGGACAAUCAAAUUCUGGUACUUCAAAUGGACAGGGGAAUUACAAUAACGGACAAUCAAAUUCUGAUAAUUCCUAUGGACAGGGGCAUUACAAUAACGGACAAUCAAAUUCUGGUACUUCAAAUGGACAGGGGCAUUACAAUAACGGACAAUCAAAUUAUGGAAACCCAAAUAACCAAGGAAAUAAUAAUCAAGGUCACUAUGGACGGCCAAACGGUAAUAAUUACAACCAAAAUAAUAACGAGCGACCCAAUAAUAACCCUAACAAUAAUUUUGGCAAUCAAAAUCACUACGGAACAAGUAAUACACCAGAAAAGGUCACCACAAAACAACCUUAUGACCCGCCGGUUGAAACUACAACAAAAAAACUAGAUAAUGAUGAACCAUUCUUCGUCCCACUAAGUCCGGAUGAGUACAACUAUGGCGGACAGAAAAUUAACAUCACAGAACCAAAGCGAGAAAUAGAUAAAGACAAACAAAAACAAAUUGAAGACGGCGUGGGGAACCUUGAUAUAAGAUUUAAAGAUGAUUAGGCGUAAGUGUUUGUGUUUUAUGCGAAGAUUUUGCUUAUAUUUAUGAUAAUAAAAAUAUGUUUUAUCGUA